AUGAACGCCCAUGGCCGUGCCUUCAUUCGUCCGCUCAGCGCCAUGUCAGACCACGGACAGGUCCAGCUUCGUCUUCCCGUUCAGCCUCCCGCAUCCCCCACCCCGCACACCCCGGCCUGUCGCUCUACCGCCUCGCAUCUCAGUCUUCGCCGCUUUGCUCAUAACUAUGUCUUCGGGGCCGCAUCUCGCAUAGGGUCUACUUGUUCGCACCCCUCAUCUGAGCCUUCUUCGCAUGAAUCUCCUCCCCCAUCCUUCCCGACUUCUUCAGAGACCGUGUCGUUCGCUGACCUCGCCUCAUCAUCAUCUACAUCUCAGCAUGCGCAGGCCACAGAGGGGUCGCCGCCGCUCUCUCAGGGAGGAAACACGUCCCCUUGUCGCCGACCUCGCAGCAACAAUUUCUUCUCUUCAUCCACAUUGCGACAUGCUUCAUCCUCGCACUUAUCGGUUAACCCAGAAAAUCAAUCCUCCUCCUCAACCGCUUUACCGCCGCUAGUUGUGCGGAAGCGACCCACUGAACGAUGCUCAGUGCCUAAGCGUUACAGGGAGGAAAUUAGCGUUGAUGCCCUCACUCUCAAGUUUGAAAGUCUGCUUGGAAGUGGUACGCCAAGUUGGAAGUCUCGUGCCAUAUCUAAGAGUGGACGCUCUCUCAGUGCCAAGAAGGCAUUGAAAACAAGCAAGGCCUUCGUAGCCGCCUUUGGUGAGCUCAAUAUCGAAAGGCCUGCGAAUACUGACGGCGAAAUUAUCGAGACCCUGUACGUUAUAGUCGGUUGCUGUAGAAGUGUCACUAGUAGAUUGCUAGCGGUGAUAUCUGCACAUAAACACAUCGCCCCCUAUCGCUCCAAGACGAGCCAUUUUAACGGCCGGUUUAGUGCAGGGAUGAACCUGAAUCUCGUUACUGUGACCCCUGUAUUCUGUAGCUGUGCAUGUCUUUCGCACGUAUGUGUCUGCCUUUGGCACUCGGCAUGA